AUGCAAAAAUCCGCGAGUCUUCCACAAAAAUCGAAUAUUUUUUACUACAAUAAGCGUCAAUUUCAUUCAACUCCUGUAACAUUGAUCCCCAUCCUACCCACAAUCCUUUUCGCCAUUCCAUUAUGUAUUCCAUAUUUUCUCUUGAUAAGAUUGGUUUCUACUCGAAUUUUUCCACCAUCCACUCGUACGAAAAUUACCAAAGCUUUUGUUUCAUUCUUGUUCGCCAUUCCUACCAUAUAUUUUCUUACUUCAGAAACAGCACCAAAUACUUAUCGUAGGCGACACAUGUUACUUUGGCCUUGGGAACAGAAAAAACUCGAAGAAACCUCUAAAAAAUGUGUACAACAGGUUAAAGAUUCUUCUGAUAGUCUACCCAUAUCUGAUCCACGUAGUCAGCUAGUAAAUCAUGUGUGUGCACGCAUAUGGGAAAACGGGGUCUUGGAACAAGAUCGUGAAUAUCAUAGCACUGAACCAAAAAUCUAUUUGAUCGAUGAUGAUGAUCUUCUUGAUGGCGUGGUAUAUCCGUCAUCAGAUAUAACAUUGACAACCGGAUGGUUAAGAAUUGUUGAUUAUGAUGAAAGCCUGUUGGCCGCUGUUAUCGCCCAUGAGAUUGCUCAUAUAUUGCAAGAUCACGCAGCUGAAUUUUAUGGAAUGUCCUAUUUAAUGAAAGUCCUUGCGCAUUUAGGCGAAAUCACGAAUUCUUUGAUUCCAAAUGUAUUGAAGAAAUUAUUUGGUUAUGAUAAUAAUGCUGGUGAAUGGCAAAGACCACUACUAUUUCUUCAAUAUUAUUCGCAAAUACUCGAACGAGAAGCAGACAUUAUAGGCCAGGAAAUUAUGGCACGUGCAAGAUAUGAUCCUGCCAGUGCAUUAGAGGUUUGGCAGUUAAUGGUCGAUUUGGAAAAGUUAUCUGAUUCGUCUUCAAGCAAUACUGAAGAACAACCAUUAUCAUUUAAUCGUAAAAAUCAAAAAGAUAGACAUGGUAUUCGACAUGAUGGAGAGGCCACUUUAGCAAUGCACCCAUCUCGACGGCAACGGGUCAAAUACUUGACUGAAAAUCUAUUGAAAGUACAAAAGGUGUACGAAAACGCUAUUACACAAGCCUCAUUUAAAAAUAAGCCAUUUACUAUGGAUUUAAAACUUCGAAAGUUAGAAAUCACAGUUUGGGCAAUUUUCGGAAAUAACGCGUACGACGAAGCUGAUAAUGGAAAAGAUUUUAUAUUACAAAUAAUGUAA